GCUUAAUUUACCCAUAUAUAGGAUAUUUAUUUUGUGUCCAUAUGUAAAAGUGUAUAUACAUCUCAAUAUCCCUAGUUUUUUUUAGAAAAUUGGACCAAUUUUUAUAAAAAAUAGAAUGGACUCCUCUUCGUGAGAUCCAAUUGUGUGGUUCAACUGAGAGAGACUAGCUUAGCUUAUCCAAUCAUUGACUGUGAUUUCCAAUUGUCCCUCUACUUUGUGCUCUGCCCAUCAUUCUUCAACGCGAUCAGCUUGCAUACUCAAAAAGAACUACCUGUAGAAAUCCAUGGCUUCUUCAUCAGUUGCACCCAUCACUGCUCAGAUAUGCUCGAUCAAGAAUGGUGCUUUUGCUACUCCCCAAGCAGCGAUGGCGAAACCAGCGAAGAGCGCCAGCUUGAGGACAAAGGGGUUGAGAGUCAGGGCCAUGGCCACUAGUAUUCCGGCAGACGAUAGAGUGCCUGAUAUGGGUAAGAGGAAGCUAAUGAACUUGCUUCUCUUGGGUGCCAUUUCUCUCCCCACUGCUGCGAUGGUGGUACCUUACGGAUCCUUCUUUGUACCUCCUGGAUUAGGAGGUGGAAGUGGCGGCAUCAUUGCCAAGGAUGCCAUAGGGAAUGACGUCAUUGCUUCUGAGUGGCUAAAGUCCCAUGGACCUGGAAAUCGUACUCUCACUCAGGGAUUGAAGGGAGACCCAACAUACCUAGUUGUGGAGAAUGACGGGACACUAGCAACGUAUGGCAUCAAUGCGGUUUGCACCCACCUGGGCUGUGUGGUUCCUUGGAAUGCUGCCGAGAACAAAUUCAUGUGUCCUUGUCAUGGCUCUCAAUACAACAACCAAGGCAAAGUUGUUCGAGGGCCAGCUCCUUUGUCAUUGGCCUUAGCUCAUGCAGACAUUGAUGAUGACAAGGUAGUGUUCAUUCCCUGGGUUGAGACUGAUUUCAGAACGGGCGAAGCUCCAUGGUGGGCAUAAAUGUUUUUUCUACAAAUCAAUUGGCGUCUUCUCAUUACACUUGUAGCGAACCCAUACCUUCCAACAUGCUAGCUUCUCAUUACUCUGUAGUAGUAGUAGUACAUAUGAUCGUUGUAUUUUUUUCCAAGGGUGAAUUGGCAGUUUUUGGGUAACGUGAACUGAGUCACUGACGUUAUGUUGGAUUUGCAAUGCAUAAACUUAUCUGCCAGUCUACGUUAUUAUUGUAGGCAACUCGUUAGAAUGAUAUACAAUGUAUACAAUGUAAAGUGUAAGAAAAAAGGUCAGGGAAGGCUCUACAAGAUUAAAUUGCUUUUAGAAAAAUAGAGGGAAAAGAAACCGGACUUGUAUGAUUUGUGACAAAGAAAAGGUUGUGUUGAUCUGACUAAGCAGAAUUCUUUUUUAUCACAUAUUGCUAAAUUGAUGGAAUGGGAAAAAGACUUGCUUUGAUCAAUUAACCAAAUGAGACUGAACCAUUUGGCAAAAAAUGUCUAAAGUUGCAUUUAGAGUCCUAGAUUUUGCCCAAUGUGUAAUGUUUACAAUUCUAUAUAAAAC